AGAUGCAUUCAGUCGCUGGUUCCCCACUCGGAAGCAACCAAAUUCACUCCACUCUACUCUACUCAACUCUUCCCCCCAACAAACACACUCACCCGAAUCGUCGCUAUGAACUCCUUCUCAGUGUUCUUAGUGUUCGCGCUGGCCGCUCUGGCUGCAGCAGAGCCACCAUCCGGAUAUAACUAUCCCCGCGGCGGAGGCGGUGGUGGCGGCGGCGGAUUUGGAGGUGGCUUCGGCGGCGGAUUCGGAGGUGGCGGCGGCGGCGGCUACCAGGCUGUGAGCGGCGGCUUCCAGACCUCCGAGGGCCAGAACGUGGAUCCCCAGCUUCUGGAGCAGGUGCGUCAGAUCCUGCUGAACGAGGAGAGCAAGCAGGGCGGCGGUGGUGGUGGAGGCGGCGGCGGUGGUGGCUACCCUAGUGGCCCAUCGAGCAGCUACGGUCCACCUUCCACCAGCUACGGCGCCCCCGGAAUCGGAGGCGGUGGCCGUGUCGUGGGCAUCGAUCUGGAAGGCGUCCGCCAGGCCAUCCAGGUGGCCCAGUUCGCCCAGCAGAGCUCGCAGGCGGGAGGUGGCGGCGGUGGAUACCCCAGUGCCCCAUCCGGAUCGUAUGGAGCCCCUUCAAGGCCCAGCGGCAGCUAUGGAGCGCCCUUCUAGAUCUUCGCCAGGUCUCACAUCCGAAAGACACACCUCUGCCAAAAAUGAAUACCGACGGACACGAAACCGACAAAGACGACUCCAACACUAAACCAAUUUGGGCAACCUGGACCUAAAAAA